UUCUCAUGCAUAUUUUCGUUCCAUAACAUCUCCAUAACCCAUACCCAUCCGCAUGCCUUUCAACUGCACGCACUGAAGAUCGGCAAUACCUUGUUCCAGGAAUGGCUUAUUAUCAGCAACCCGUCGCCGCCGAAUGGUACGGUUCCGCCCCCCAGCAGAGAAUAAUGUACAUGCAGUACGUGCAGCCAGGACGCACUCACGCACGCUCCACUCAGGCGGCCAGCGCACUUGUGGCCGGCGAAACCGUUGCCACUGGCACAUAUCUCAAGGAUUGCGAUCACGCAGAGUCCGAUGUGGCAGUCAGUGUGGAUAACAUCAGCGCGGAGACCGCCCAGGCUGAUGAUGCCCUGAGCGCUGCCGGCGCUCAUGGUGCCAGCUCUGUCGCCGAAGCCUAUCCCGAUGAGGCACCUGUGGUGCAGAUUGCCGUCGAUAGCAGCAACAGCGCCGAUGCCGACACUCAAUCGACUGUGGGCGAAAGCGACGAUGCCGCCAAGGUGCCUCGCGACUACAACUUUGCCGCCGAGGAGCCAGCACCAGUGCCAGCCGUUGAUGAUGAUGAGCUGCCCGCACCGGCUCCAAUAGCGCCCGUUGCUGCCGUCGUACCUGCCAACCGUUAUCUGCCCGCAAAGAAGAAGGUCAUCGUCGAGCUGGACCAGUCUGCCGAAGAUGCUGAGGCCCAGGUGGCUGCUUUUGAGGAUGAAGAGGCCGAGAAUGCUGUUGCCGAUGAUGUCGAAGAGGAUGAUGAGGAGUUGUCCGAGCCCAUCAAGCCCGUGGUUAAGCAUCCCGCUCGUGUGCCCAACGCUCGCCGUCCCGCUGUCAAGAAGCCCGUUGGCGCUGCUGGCAAGCCCGUAAAGAAGCCCGCUCCUCUGCCCGCUGGCACAUUCUUCCCCAUUGACUUUGGUGGCACCAACGGCGGCGCCAUCGCCAUUGCCAACUCUUUCAGCACCGGUGAGGGCGGCUCUGCCACAUCGCACGCCAUUGCCUACGGCUCGCCGGAAGCCGCACGCACUCGCGUCCGUCCCAGUCCCAGCAAGCGUCGCCAUUAAACAGCUGACCACCUGCUCCAUGACUGAUGCUCAUUCCCAUUGCGACGCCACUUGAAUGUCCACCACCAAUUCUUGCUAAUGCAUCGCCGGGUGCAACGAUACUUUCAUUUCGAGUCUGCGCCGAGUCUGUAAUCAAAGAUU